GCCAGUGGGGUGGGAUCAUCCCUAGGGCAGAGGGUGUCUGGGUGGGGUGUGCAGAGACGCCGCCCCCCACUCCAGGCUCUGCUCACCUCCGCUCCCUGCUCUCGUUGUCCCAGACCUGAAGGAUGUCUCUAGCGGACGAGCUGCUGGCCGACCUGGAGGAGGCGGCGGAGGAGGAGGACAACUUUGUGGAUGAGGAAGAUGAGCCGGCCAUCGAGGAUGUGCAGGAGGAGAUGCAGCUGGACCUCAGCGUCGACUCGGUCAAGAGCAUUGCCAAGCUCUGGGACAGCAAGAUGUUUGCGGAGAUCAUGGUGAAGAUCGAGGAGUAUAUCAGCAAACAGUCGAAAGCCACCGAAGUGAUGGGGCCGGUGGAGGCAGCUCCGGAGUACCGAGUAAUCGUUGAUGCCAACAACCUGACGGUGGAGAUUGAAAAUGAACUGAACAUCAUCCACAAAUUCAUCCGGGAUAAAUACUCCAAGCGAUUCCCCGAGCUGGAGUCCCUGGUUCCCAAUGCCCUGGAUUACAUCCGCACGGUCAAGGAGCUGGGCAACAGCCUGGACAAGUGCAAGAACAACGAGAACGUGCAGCAGAUCCUGACUAACGCCACCAUCAUGGUGGUGAGCGUCACGGCCUCCACCACGCAAGGGCAGCAGCUGACGGAGGAGGAGCUGGAACGCAUCGAGGAAGCCUGCGACAUGGCCCUGGAGCUCAACCAAUCAAAGCACCGAAUCUACGAGUACGUGGAGUCCCGCAUGUCCUUCAUCGCCCCCAACCUGUCCAUCAUCGUCGGCGCCUCCACUGCUGCCAAGAUCAUGGGCAUCGCUGGCGGCCUCACCAACCUCUCCAAGAUGCCGGCCUGUAACAUCAUGCUCCUGGGAGCCCAGCGCAAGACCCUGUCUGGCUUCUCCAGCACCUCGGUGCUGCCCCACACGGGGUACAUCUACCACAGCGACAUCGUGCAGUCGCUGCCCCCGGACCUGCGGAGGAAGGCGGCUCGUCUUGUUGCUGCAAAGUGCACGCUGGCGGCUCGGGUUGACAGCUUCCAUGAGAGCCCAGAGGGGAAGGUGGGCUACGACCUCAAGGAGGAAAUUGAACGAAAGUUUGACAAAUGGCAGGAGCCUCCCCCCGUGAAGCAGGUGAAGCCCCUGCCGGCCCCCCUGGAUGGCCAGAGAAAGAAACGAGGAGGCCGCAGGUAUCGGAAGAUGAAGGAACGACUGGGGCUCACGGAGAUCCGGAAACAGGCCAACAGGAUGAGCUUCGGGGAGAUCGAGGAAGACGCCUACCAAGAGGACUUGGGCUUCAGCCUGGGCCACCUGGGCAAGUCGGGCAGCGGCCGGGUGCGGCAGACACAGGUCAACGAGGCCACCAAAGCCAGGAUCUCCAAGACCUUACAGCGCACACUCCAGAAGCAGAGCAUGGUGUACGGCGGGAAGUCGACAAUCCGGGACCGCUCCUCAGGCACGGCCUCCAGUGUGGCCUUCACUCCGCUCCAGGGGCUGGAGAUCGUUAACCCACAAGCGGCAGAGAAGAAGGUGGCGGAGGCCAACCAGAAAUACUUCUCCAGCAUGGCGGAGUUCUUAAAGGUGAAGAGCGAGAAAAGCGGCAUCAUGUCCAGCACAUGAGCCUCUUCCCCACAGACUCACCCCUGCCCCCUCGCCCAGAGCCCGGCUGCGCUGGGAAGCAGCGGGGAAAUUCGGGGGCUUUUGUUCUAGCUCCCUCGCUCAGCGGGACCUGAUCCUUCCACCUCCCCAGCCGCGGAGAGCUGGGCCGAGCCAACCUACUGUCUCCUGAGCAUCUUUCUGUUCCCAGGGGGACCCACGCCUGAGCUCCACACAGGCUUGGGAGCUGUGUGUGUCCGGGGAGGGGAGUGAAUUGUGUGGGAACCCCUAGCCCUGUUCACUGUAUAAGGGGUGUGAGAGAGAGAGAGAGACCCCCGUUACCUGUAUAAAUGAGUGGGUGUGUGCAUGAGAUGAAUGCAGAAUGGCUGGUACAGCGAUUUCUCAGUGCUCAUGUUGAAAUCUCCCUUGGCUUGUGCCCGAGGCGGGGAAUGGGCUGAUGAAAGGGGGGGGGGG